AAACACUCAAUUAAACAGCAUUACACAAGUUUGUCCAAUAUUAUGACCAAUGUACUGGCCAGUUGUCACGGCAGCCACUUUGGGAACCACUGCUCUGGUGUGCACAUGCACUGCUCUCUUCUCACAUGAAUACUGAAGAGAGACUAAAGAAAUAAAAACACACAGCAGACUGUCUACAGUCCUGAUGUAAAGUCAUGCUUAUCAGUAGGGCUGUCGCGAUGAUUAAAUAAUCGUCUCAUCGCGAUUGUUUGUCCUCAUCGCGGUGAUUUCAGAUCACCGCAAUUAUUGCACAUCUCUCUAGAAGACACAAGGGGGAGCUGUAGUGCCUGGCCUGCAGCAUCCCUACAUCCACCGUUCUGUCGUCUGCGCGCAAAACAGUGCUCUGUUGAUAAUAUUGGUAUCAUCUGAGUGGUAAAGUAUCCGCAUUUAAAAUGGAUCUAGUUUCAAAGCCGAAUACGACGGCACCGAUCUGGAAAUGUUUUGGUUUCAAACCAGACGAAAAAGGACAACUGAAUGACAUUGAUACGGCAAUAUGUCGUUUGUGUAAAAGAGAAAUAGCCGCGAAAAGCUCUAACACAACAAACUUACGGACUCACCUGAAGUCACAUCACCCCAUCGAAUUUGCCGAACUGGUGAAAACAUCCUCGACCGCGCAUACUUCUCGUCAAUUGCCUAUAACGCAGGCUUUUGAACGAACGACGAAGUAUAAACGAGACAGUAUCAGAUGGCGCUCCUUAACUGACAGUGUAACGCGGUAUAUUGCAAAGGAAAUGCAGCCAUUCAAUACGGUGGAAAAAACAGCAUUUAAAGAAAUGCUGCAAAACUUCGAUAAGCAGUAUGAACUGCCAGGGAAAACAUACAUUUCCAAAACAGCAAUUCCAAAUUUAUACAGGGAAGUGAAGGAUGCUACUCUUCAGGAUUUGAAAGGAAUUGACUUUUUUUCAGCCACUACAGACAUGUGGUCCAGUACUAAUAUGAUCCCUUACAUGAGCUUCACAGUACAUUACCUUUCAUCUGACUGGACCCUACAAUCAAAGUGUCUAGAAACAAGACACGUUCCAGAAAACCAUACAGCUCUUACACUUGCAGAAAGUCUUAGUGGCAUUUUAACAGAUUGGGCAUUAGAUGAGAAAAAAAUGUCCUGCAUAACAACUGAUAAUGGUGCCAAUAUUGUGGCUGCAGUGGCCAAACUCGGCUGGCCAUGGCUAAACUGUUUUGGCCAUAAUCUCCAUUUAGCUGUAACUAAUGCCAUAGCAAGUGAAAGGGAACGCACAACCCGUGCCCUAGGACUGUGUAGGAGUCUGGUAAGCACUUUCAGCAUGAGCUGGAUAAAAAAAAGAGACCUGAAAAAGGCACAGAUGGAGACCAACAUUCCUCAGCACAGUUUAGUUCUGGUGAGUGAAUUAUUUCAUGCGUUUUAUUUGUUUUACCCAUUCUGCUUGAAAUAUUUUAUAAUGUCAGAUAUUUUUUUAAUUAUGUUUUGUUAGUUUUAUAGGCUGUAUAAUUAAGAAGAUAUAUCAAACAUUUAUGUAUUCAUAUGUUUUCAGGACGUCUCCACACGAUGGGGUACAAAACAGAAAAUGAUUGAAAGAGUUCUAGAGCAACUUCCUGCAAUCAGACGUGUCCUAAUUGAUGACAGAAAACAUGGCCACCUAAACCCAACAUGGCAAGAUGUGUCUGUUCUUGAGUCCAUUAAUGCAGCACUGAAACCUGUGGCUGACUUUACAGAUGUUCUGUCUGGGGAAAAGCACGUGACUGUGUCUUCAGUGAAACCUGUACUGGGCCUUUUAAAGGAAGAGGUUUUAUCCCCUGACCCCAAGGACACAAUUCUUACAGUAAACAUUAAGAAAAAAAUGUGUGAUGUCCUUGAUGAAAAGUAUAAGUCCGCUUCACUUCAAGAGCUCCUGAGAAAGGCCACUCUUCUUGACCCAAGAUACAGGGGCCGCUUUGGAGAAGCUACAGGGAAAGAUGAAACCAAAGACCAGCUUUUAAAAGAGUUACUGGAAAUGACAGAGGAAGAACAUACAGUUGAAGAAGCAUCCACCAGCAGAGCUGUGUCAGAAGGCCAUGAGGAGUCUACAACUCCUCCUGCACCAAAAAAGAAGAGGCUGUGUGAUCUGCUGCAGAACAGAAGAGCUCAAGCUUCUAUCCAUGGGGUACCCAAAAGAGUCCAGGCAGAUGCUGAAUUAACACUGUACCUACAGGAAGAUGCACUAGAUACCUCUGCAGAUCCUCUUAUGUGGUGGCGAGACAAUGAAACCAGGUUUCCUUUGAUCUCCAAGUUGGCAAAAAAGUAUAUGUGCAUUUGUGCAACAAGUACUGCUUCUGAAAGAAUGUUCAGUACAGCUGGCAAUAUUGUGACCCCUGUUAGAUGUUGCCUUAAGCCAGAAAAUGUCAACAUGCUUGUUUUUCUUUUCCGUAACCUGUAGUUCAAUCAAUAAUUUAAAAAGAGAUAUUAUGCAAUUUGCAUAGGAGUAGGAUUGGCUUUUGAAAAUUGUACCAUUUAAGGCCUGUUCUGGUAUGGUCAGUUUAUUUUGACGGAAUUUUUAUUUUCAGUUUUUUGUAAUAUGCGCAUAAUAUGACUUUAUUUUGGGAAUAUCUAAAAAUAAUGUCUGUUGAAUGCCUGUUGAUUAUGGACACUUUAUUGUGUUUAUUUCUGUUGUAGAAUUUUCAGUUUUUUAAAGAUAUAUUCUUUAAAUAAAUAACUUUUAAAUAUGUCAUAAGUGUAUUUAUAUUUACUGCCAGGGACAACUUGCAAAAGAUUAACUUAAAUAAUGACAACGUGUGAAAAUGAUUUCAUGAACAAACAAAACAUUUGUGAGAAUUAAAUGUCAAAGCCAUAAAACAGACAAUUAAUCGCCAAAGCCCCAAAACAGACAAUUAAUCGCCAAAGCCCCAAAACAGACAAUUAAUCGUCAUAAUCGCCAUGAUUUAUUCGACAAUUAAUCGUCAGCCAAAUUUCAUAAUCGUGACAGCCCUACUUAUCAGUGCACUACACUAGUAUGUAUCAUCAUUAAUUUCCAGCAGAGGGUGAAGGUCUGCAGUUUUAGUAGAGGUUUAAAAUGUUAGGCCCAGUCACAUGUCCAAUACAUCAUGUAGCCUAACAUCCCUUUCAAAUACACAGUGUUUCCCAUUCAUUGACGAGACUAUGGCGGCCCGUCA